AUGAAUUUACUAAAUUAUCAAUAUUUAAGACCUGCUCAUUUAAAAGGUCUUGAUGCAUAUAAAUAUAAUGCUGUUGAUACAUCACCUCUAUCUCUUUAUGUUAUGCAUCCAUUUUGGAAUUGGUGUGUUGAGUUUUUUCCACGUUGGUUUGCACCAAAUUUAAUGACUUUUCUUGGUUUUCUUCUUCUUGUUUUUAAUUUUGUCAUGUUUUCAUAUUAUGAUUUUCAUUUUACUGAAAGUCUUAUUCUUCCAAAAUGGAUUUGGCUUGUUGCAGCUAUUUGUCAAUUUUGUUCACAUCAAUUAGAUGGUAUCGAUGGAAAACAAGCUCGACGUACUAAAACUAGUAGUGCUUUAGGUGAAUUAUUUGAUCAUGGUGUUGAUUCAUGGGCUACUUUUUUAUUUCCUGUUUGUAUUUUUUCUGUUAUAUCAAGAGAUGAAUAUGGAUUUAGUCCAUUGGCUAUGCAUUUCUUACUUCUUUCUACUUAUCUACCAUUUAUUGAUACACAUUGGGAAAAAUAUAAUACUAAAGUACUUUUUUUACCAUGGCUUUAUGAUAUAUCAAUGUUGGUCAUGACAUUAGUAUAUCUACUAGCAUUUUUCUUUACACCAAAUAUAUUUCGUUUUGAUUUUCCUAUUCUAAAUGUACCAGUUACACAAGUAGCAGUAUAUUUAUGGCCAUUAUUUGGAUUAUUGGCUUCAAUUCCAGUUAGUGUUGUUCAUAUUCUUGAAUCAUAUCGCAAUGGUACAGGUUACAAUCGAACAGUUUAUGAAGCACUACGACCAUUAAUAUCAACAACUAUUCUAUUUAUUUCUUCAACUUGGUGGGCACUUGCAUCACCUCAUAUGGUAUUACAAAAACAACCACGUAUAUUUUUGGCAGCUGUUGGUACUACUUUUUCGAAUAUUGCUUGUCGUCUUAUUGUUGCUCAAAUGACAUCAACUCAAUCGGAGGGUAUUAAUACUCUUCUUUUUAUUUUGGUACCAAUACAAUUGAUGUCUGUUUAUGGUGUAUUCACGGAAACAACAGAAUUUUUUUUCUUAUAUCUGUAUACUGCUACAGUUGUUUUAGCUCAUAUUCAUUAUGGUUGUUGUGUGGUUCGACAAAUAUGUGAUCAUCUGAAUAUAAAUGCUUUUAAGAUAACUGAUCGUUCAAAACAGCCUCCACCAGCUACAGCUCAUAUUCAACAUUGA